AUGCCCAAAUCCCCCUCCGGCCGCACCACCCUGACGACGGUCGGCCGCAUGCCCGUCAUCGCGGAAGACGACUCUCUCCCAGCCUUCACGCACCCAUCCGUCGCCUUACUCCCUCCGCCACCGCCGCCAUGCCGAAGCACAAAACCAAAGAACUACGGUCGCUCGCCCUUGGCACGACCUGUUCACCCGCACCCGUCCUAUCCGCCUCCCGCCUACUCCCGCAGCUCAUCACGGGACAGCACCCUGAGCACCAUCAGCACCCGCAGUCUCCUCAGCGUCAAUGAGAACGGCAGCCGCCCGGGCUCGGGUGCCUCAAAUUCUCGGGGGCCACACAAGGAAAAGUCCCGGCUCCUGCCCAUCACCACACCCAUGACCCCGCCUUCGGAGGCGGGGGAAAGGAAGGGUUCCAUGCGGGUCGCCCGCCGUAGAAGCUGGUACCGUAUCUUCCUCAUCGGCAUCCUCGUCAUCGGCCUCUCCGUGGGCUUGUCGGUCGGUCUCACGGUCGGAGCACGAAAGUCAUACCCCGCAGCGCCCGCCGACGCCUCCAACUACACAAACCUCUUCCCUUCGGGCUCCUUCGCCUUCAACACGGCUCUCCUGGUAUCCGACGCCGGGUGCACCUCGGAGCCCUCGACCUGGCGCUGCUUCCCCGACCAGACCUACCAGCAGUCCCCCAACGGCUCCCUCGCGACCUUCUUCUGGACCAUCGCGGCGAGCAACUCGUACACCUACCAGAUCUCGUCGUCGCCGAACCCCUUCGCGCCGCAAUUCACCAACGAGACCAUGGUCCUGCUCGAGGGCAACUCGUAUAACGAGCGCCUCGUCUUCGACUUCUCCCUGCCCAAGACCGUGGUCCCGUCCGAGCCAGUCGCGGCGGACGGCCGCGCGGUGACGUGCACGUUCCGGGACACGGAGUUCCGCGCGACGUUGUGGACGCGACGUCACGCCAUGGUGGCGCUCGCGAGGUCGGGAGCCGCGAACGCAACGGCGAUGGCGACGAUUGCUGCGGACGCCGACGCCGGUGUCAAGUGGGGACAGUGGCCCGGGCAGGUGGAGAUUGUGCAGACCAAGCAGGGAGGGCCGAUGUGCAAGGACUCCGCGGGGAACGCGGUCGAGGUCGCGGCGGGCAACAACCAGUGCAGUUGCCAAUACGCCAACUUCGACCUCGUCGUGCAGGAGAAACGAAUUAUCAAGGACGCCAUGGGUGUAGCGUAG